GCCCGCCGGGGGCCUGGAGCGCUGCGGCGCGUGCGCGAGCGGUGCGGCACCGGCCGCGGGAGCCGGGAGUAUUAUGGGCUGUGGGCGCCGCGGAGCAAGAUGGAGCUGUCUGCAGUGGGCGAGCGGGUCUUCGCGGCCGAAUCCAUCAUCAAGCGGCGCAUCCGCAAGGGGCGCAUCGAGUACCUGGUGAAAUGGAAGGGCUGGGCCAUCAAGUACAGCACUUGGGAGCCCGAGGAAAACAUCCUGGACUCGCGGCUCAUCGCCGCCUUCGAGCAGAAGGAGAGGGAGCGUGAGCUGUACGGGCCCAAGAAGCGGGGACCCAAGCCCAAAACUUUCCUGCUGAAGGCGCGGGCCCAGGCCCAGGCCGAGGCGCUCCGCGUCAGCGAUGUGCCUUUCUCUGUCAAGCCGAGCGCCAGCGCCUCGUCGCCCAAGCUGCACUCGAGCGCGGCCGUGCACCGGCUCAAGAAGGACAUCCGCCGCUGCCACCGCAUGUCCCGCCGGCCGCUGCCGCGCCCCGACCCGCAGGGCGGCAGCCCCGGGCUGCGGCCCCCCAUCUCGCCCUUCUCGGAGACGGUUCGCAUCAUCAACCGCAAGGUCAAGCCCCGCGAGCCCAAGCGCAGCCGCAUCAUCCUCAACCUCAAGGUGCUCGACAAGGGCCCGGCCGCGGGCGCGGCGGCGGCGGCGGCGGCGGCGGCGGCGGGCGCGGGGCCCCUGGCGCGCCCCAAGGUGCCGUCGCGGAACCGGGUCAUCGGCAAGAGCAAGCAGUUCAGCGACAGCGUCCUGCGGACGCAGCUGCGCCACGUCAAGCUGGGCUCGUUCGCGCUCUACAAGCCCCCCGCGGGCCCGCCGCCCCCCGCGCCCGCCGCCCCCGCCGCGCCCCCCGCCGCCGCCCCCCUCGACGCCCGCAGCUCCGGCUCCUCGGGCUGCCCGUCGCCCGCGCCGCCCUCCUCCGACCCCGACGACGCGCCCCCGCAGCUGCUCCCCGAGACCCCGGGCCGCGCGCACUGGCGGGAGCCCGAGGUGCUCGACCUGUCCCGCCAGCCCGAGCCGGGGGUCGCCGGCGCGCGCGCGCCCCCCGCCGCCGCCGCCCCCGGCCCGGCCGCGCCCACCCCCGCCGCCGGCCCCGAGCCCCCCGCCGACGCCGGGGACUGGCGCCCCGAGAUGUCGCCCUGCGCCAACGUGGUCGUCACCGACGUCACCAGCAACCUGCUGACGGUCACCAUCAAGGAGUUCUGCAGCCCCGAGGAUUUCGAGAAGGUGGCCGCCGCGGGGGUGGCGGGGGGCGGCAGCGGCGGGGCCGGCAAGUGAGGGGGGCGCCUCCCC